AUGCCAUGGUUCGGCCCAAAUGCCUGGACAGCACUCGUGCAGCCCGUCGCUGGAGGCGGAUUACCAGGCACCGCCACAGGUCUCGAACUAAAGUUCACGUUCAAGGAGGGCGGAGCGCCGGACUUUCAAAGUAAAUUCGAAGCGAUCAAGGAGCGGUUACAGCAGGUCGUGGACAAUGCACGUGAAUCUAACGCUUCGAGGAACGUGGAUAUGGCGAAUGUGCAUCUGGAUGAGUUGCCUAGAUACGAGGAUAGUGGGCAGGAUAGGAGGGCGCCUGAUCAGCAGCAGCAGCGGUAUUCGGAUUCGGACGAGAUGGCGGUGCCGAGACAGGAGGCACAGGUGCGGCGGACAUCGAGGGAGGUAGAGGAGGCUGCGCAGCGGAGGGACGAGACGCCUAGUGAUGCACCGCCUGGGUAUGAAGAGGCACAACAGCAGAGUGUGCAGCAGGAACUGGAUAGGAGGCUAGACAGCACGAGGUAG